UUUUUUAGGUAUUUUAUAAGCCAUGUGAUUCAGUUCCAAUUUCACAAAGCACUCUGUGAAGAAUCUGGAUACACGGGACCUCUGCAUCAAUGUGAUAUUUAUCAAAACAAGAAGGCUGGAAAACUAUUGAGUGACACACUGAAACUGGGAAGUUCAGUAUCAUGGAGAGAGGCAAUGAAAGUGAUCACUAAAGGAAGGACUGAUAAAAUAGACGCUUCAGCUAUUUUGGAAUAUUUCAAACCUCUCAAUGAUUGGCUAAAAGAGCAAAACAAAGAUGAAUUUAUUGGAUGGAAAAAUGAUAAUUCAAUGGUUUGCCCAUAAGUUUACCAGCAUUGAUGUUUUCCUUAUUCAGCAAUGUUUAUAUUACAUUAGAUCAGUAUUGUAUAAAAAAUUAUAAGCAAUUAUUGUCUAAAAAUUUGAUUUUUAGGUUUUAAAAUAAUAAAACAAUGUUUGAAUAAAUUG